CGUCUUCGGCAUCCUACAGGACUCCUGUAUCAUUCUAAUCACGUUGAGUUGGAAUAAAUCAGCGUGGGAAGACCCCCCCUCCCCUCCUCUUUCUCUUCUUCUCCUCCUGCAGUUUGCUUCCCACGUCUGCUUCCUUUUUUUGUGACUUUCAGGUUCCACUCCAAGAAGGACAUCAUGGCAGGAGGACUGAAGAGCGGCGAUCCAGAGGAGGAGUUUGUGCACUCGCCCUUCAUCCGAAAGCAAGGCAACAUUUACAAGCCCUACAACAAGGACAUGGACAACGACAGCAUCAACGAAAAGUCCAUGAUGGAUGACGUGCACACGAAGGAGAUCGAUCUAGUCAACCGGGACCCGAAGCACAUCAACGACGACGUGGUCAAGGUAGACUUUGAGGAUGUGAUCGCCGAGCCGGCAGGGACGUACAGCUUUGACGGCGUGUGGAAGGCGAGCUUCACCACCUUCACGGUCACCAAGUACUGGUUCUACCGCCUGCUGACGGCAGUGAUAGGCAUCCCGCUGGCGCUGGUGUGGGGCAUCUUCUUCGCCAUCCUGUCCUUCGUGCACAUCUGGGCGGUCGUGCCAUGCAUCAAGAGCUACCUGAUCGAGAUCCACUGCGUGAGCCGCGUGUACUCCAUCUGCGUGCACACCUUCUGCGACCCGUUGUUCGAAGCCAUGGGAAAGUGCUUCAGCAAUGUGCGGAUCAGCACCAUCAAGGAAGUGUAGGCUCCCAAAGAAGGAGGAUUCAUGGGGAAAUGGGGAAGGGGGUGUGGGCUUAGAGCGACACAGAUGGAUGGAGGACAUUGUCAUAUUUGGUGAAAAGGGGGCAUGUUAUCACUGUACUUCUUUUUGGUGGUGGUAACAGGAAAUCAAUGAGAAGAGGUGGUCUAUGUUUGUGUUCUGGAUCUUUGCCUCAUUUUUAAUCUAUUAAGCAAACAUCUCCACAUUCACCUUCUCUGUGUUUGCUUGUGGAGCCGCUGGCCAGGCGGGACGGUGGCCCAAAUCCUGCUGACACCACACAAAACCAAACAAGCAUGCAGCAACGCCACCCCACCCUCCAUCCCCAUGCCCCCCAUGACCUCCAAAAACACCCCUCCCUCCUCCCCUACCUGGCUUUGCUGCAGUCUGACACACUGAACCUACCUGCCUUUUUAUUUCCUGCAUGGCGCUGCAACACGCCGUCCGCCGCCUGCUGCUGCUGCUCACUUGCUUCACCUUCAAAAAAUGUUUCAAUUUCACCUUUUGGCUUCUUUUUUCUUGUAGUCUUCUGCCCGACACAUCAAUAAUAUGAAGAACUUUGGGCAGCUAGCUAGCAUCCAUGUGCAACUUGACUUGGACUCUCUGUUAUAGUGCAUUAAAAUGACAACUAUGCAAUAACCUGAAUUCCCAGGAACAUUCUAUUUCUUGCGUGCUGGCAUCAACCUAGCUGGCGAGCAGUUGACAAUAUAGCAAGACUUGAUGCGGACUUGCUUUGCUUUCAUUCCUGUGUGUGAAUACAGGUUGUUGGUGGUUAACACAUUUUUCUGUUUUUCUUUUGUUUUCUUAACCGUGACAAAAAGUUAUUUUUGUGUCCGCAUUUGAACAUUCAAUGUGACAUCCAAUGGCGGAGCCAGAAGUUGUUUUUUUUUAUUGAGGUGGCCAUGUGAGACCAAGUUGUUACUUGAAAUCUCUAGAUGCCGAGUGGGGUGGCCGGAGAGUGACCAUGGGUGGCCGUGGCCACCUUUUAGCUCUGCCGCUGGUGACGUCUCCCAUCAAAGUGAUGGAAGG